UUUAACAAACGCCAGAAAAUACUAUUAUUAAUUUCAAAAUCCUUUAAUAUAAAUGAAAUGUUUAAUUGUAAUAAGUUGCAACGCUUUUACCCCUUAGAGGUGUGCAGAAAACUGUCUGCAGUUUUAAAAUGUCGUUCUUUGACUGUGAUGGGAAUUGAGACUUCGUGUGAUGAUACCGGCAUUGCGAUUAUAAAACGUGAAGCAGACAAUAACAAGGUUUUGGCAAAUGUUUUAAAUUCACAGCAAAGUUUUCAUAUAAGAUAUGGUGGCAUAAUACCGCCUCGUGCUCAAGACUUACAUAGAUCCAAAAUUGCUGCCGUAUACGAACGUUGCUUGGAGGAGGCAAAUAUUAAACCCAACGAAAUAAAUGCAAUUGCUGUUACUACCAGACCAGGUCUACCUCUCAGUCUUAUGGUGGGUUUACGUUUUGCUCGCUAUAUAGCUCGUUGCAAUAACAAACCUUUACUGCCAGUUCAUCACAUGAAAGCUCAUGCCUUGCAAGCUCGCAUGGAACAUGAUAUCCCAUUUCCAUUUUUGUGUCUCCUUAUAAGCGGAGGCCAUUCGCAAUUGUGCUUCGUUCAAGAUGCUAACAAAUUUCUUUUGCUGGGGGAAAGUCUGGAUGAUGCUCCAGGCGAAGCAUUUGAUAAAAUAGUUCGACGCCUGCGUCUAUAUAUUAAUCCACAAUUUCAGAAAUGGAGUGGUGGUCAGAUUGUGGACAAUGCCGCCAAAUUGGCACAAAACCCAGAAGCAUUUGAAUUUCCUUUACCUCUGGCACGUAUGCGAGAUUGCAAUUUUAGUUUUGCUGGCAUCAAAAAUAAUUCAUUUCGAGCCAUCAAAAGACAAGAAAUGAAAGAAGGUAAAAGCAGCUGUCCCCCAGAUUCUGUUAUCAGCAAUUAUGCAGAUUUUUGCGCUGGCCUAUUAAAUGCUGUUUCCCGCCACCUUAUGAAUCGCACUCAAAGAGCCAUUGAAUUUUGCAUAGAACAUAAGUUAUUCGCCUCAAACAUACCAAAAUCUUUGGUGGUAUCCGGAGGUGUGGCAAAUAAUGAUGUUAUAUUUCAAGACAUCGCCCAUUUAGCCGCUCAAUAUGAAUGCCAAACGUUUAGGCCAUCGAAAAAAUAUUGCUCUGAUAACGGGGUUAUGAUUGCCUGGAACGGCAUAGAACAAAUGAUGCACAAUACACAAAGUACAAGGUAUGAUUAUUAUAAUAUUGAUAUACAGGGCAAGGCCACUUUGGGCGAAUCCCUAAUUCAGCAGGUGACAGAAGCUAAUAUUAAAUGCAAGUGGAUAAAACCAUCAAGAAGUUGAUAUAAGCGUA